UCAACGAACUUUUGGAAGCAGGGCGACGGGCUAUGUUCGGUCUUAGUAAUCGGUUGGAUGAGAACAGGGUGUGGGCUCCUGCCGUUCGGCUUCAAGCGUUCGACACCCAGCCGAUGGAGCACCCUUCGUGAGCAGAGUGUUAGCCUGGCGGGCGGUGAUCUCACUAACCUACUUUUCGUUGACGAUGUGUCACUAGUAGCGACAGGGCACGAUAGAGCUGAAUGCCUUCUGGGGCUACUCGAAGCCUACUGCAAAGCGACGGGUAUGGCCGCGAAUGCCGCCAAGUGCGAGGUCCUCAUUUUUGGGGGUGCUACGCGUGAGCGGAAGCGGCUUGUUGAAGCUGAGUACCGGUUAGGUGGGCAGACACCUUGUAAUGUACCACGAAACAGCACCAAGCCUUGUAUCCAUCUUGAUGCCAACUUGGUGGAUCACACAGAAUCAGUCAGCAUGGCUGAAGCAGGUCCUUCCUCUGCAGUACCAGUGGCAGUGCUCUCCAUGACCUUGAGCAACUGGGACUGCCACGUGACAUCCCGGAGUUCUUUACAGCUUAUGGGCGCUACAUCCAAGUUCGCAACAUGCCAAGGCACACGACUGGAAGCCUCGCCUUUCUGGAUGACCUAA